AUGAUGUCAUCAAUGGUUAGCUCCCAAAAAGAAUUCUCAUCAGCUCUUAGAGAUUUAUUAGAGUUGGAUUAUGAUGCUGUUGAGGCAUACAAAACUUCAAUUGAUAGAAUUAGAGAUCCAGAGUCCAAAGAUUUAAUCACUGAAUAUAUGCAUGACCACGAAAGACAUAUCCAAGAGAUCACUGAUGUCUUUAGAAAGCACAAUUUAGAUUGCCCAACAGGCCCAACAAAGAAACAAUGGCUUACUAAAGGUAAAGUUGUCAUAUCCAAUAUUAUUGGUGAUGAUGGAGUCUUAUCCGCAAUGUCCAGCAACGAAGAAGAAACCUGCAAAGCCUACGAGUCAAUUGUCAACAGAGAUGACAAAUGGGAAGACUGUAAAGAAAUGCUAAACCGUGGUCUCCAGGAUGAAAGAAACCAUAAAAAGGGAAUUGAGGAAAGAAGAAAAUUCUUAAAAGAACAACACUAA